UGCUAGAGCUUGAUAGAAGCCUCUCGAAGGCGAAUCCAUUGCCAUCCGUCUUUCACGCCCUCUCUUUCCCUUCCUUAGUCUCUGUGAUUAUACUCGCUACACUCGCCUGAGGACAACCCAGAUGGGGACUUGACGCAUCUCCAGCAACCGCUCGACCCCUCCGCCACCAUGUUCACGAGCUUCUCGGGCAACACGCGUCGUCCACGCCAGGUCAACCUCUCUGGCCGAGGAGGAGGAAGAAACCCGUUCGGUAAUACAAGCCAUGGCACAGGCACGGGGGCUGGAUCACAAGCCGCCAUCGAUCGCGCACAGCAGGAGCGAGCCCAACGGCAGCGAGAACGAGAUACACUGAAUGCGGCGAAGCGGAUACAGAGAGUGUGGCGAGGCCAUUCGGGUAGGGAGAGAGUCGCUGGCGAGCUACGGCAAGAAUGGGAUGUGGUAGAGGGAUCCGCAGAUACAGCCUACCGCUCAGAGGCAGAAGCACACGCACAGCUCCAACGACUGCUACGUUUUGCCUCUACCAGGAACGAGGGGGACUUGCGACGAAUUCAACACUACGGCUCUCGGCAGAUGCUCACGGCGUCGAGGUUAGGUGCUACAUUGACGGGAUCGUGGCCGUCAGCCUACCUGCGACUAGAGCGUCUCAUCUUGGCGGUUCUUCAGCGACAGAACAAAGCCUCGACAUCAUCUUGGGAGCAGUAUAGCAAAACUAUCACACUCCUGCGUUUCGUAGCCGAGCAGAUACCCUCCGAGACGUCUCAAAAUGCAAAACCAUUCUACCGUACCCUCGCCGACGUCGUAGCGAAAGUUUCACCCACACUCCAAGGACCAGACGCGGCUAGCUCAGAUGCAUGGGAGACCAUAUUUGGAUCUGUCAUAUCGCCCUUGAAAAAGGUGACGGGAUACACCCUAGACGCUUACGAGGCUUUUGGCUACAUCUUCAUGACACUCCCAGUUCUGAGCUCUGACUCAACAUCAUCACUAGUACAGCAGUUUCGAGACUCGCUCGCCGAUUCGAUCAACUACAAGCUACUUGCGAGUGCACUAGCCACUCUGUUCAAAGGCUCGGGCGUACAGGCAUAUCUGGAAUUGAAAACCACACAUAGCCGGUUAAGACUGCUUGGAUCGUUCAUCUACUUUCACCGCUACGCCCACAAUUUCGACACUCCAGAAGCUUACGCUGUGCACAAAGACUUUGUAGCUGUCGUCUCUUCGUUGCUCAACUCGCUCCCAGUCAACAUUGUUGACGGUACGCAUCCUAUCACAGACGUCUCAGAAGAAGAUGAGCCUGAAACGGCUUCUGAGGAAGUGACAGGCUUCUUGAGGGACCAGGUCUUGUCGUUGGUCAAUCAAGAAGGUAUUGGAAGUUUGUUGGCCGGAUCAUCACAAGCAUCAGAUGCUUCAGACGGCGAGAAAAUCGAAGAAGCAAGACAACUGGCAAAUUAUGCUCUUGCACUACUACGCUUCUUUCCACGGAGAGGCGAUGAGAUUCGCAUGUGGCUCUAUAUUGGCCCACCAGAUGCAAGGUCUGGACAAGCCUCGCGUAGGCUACCAGCGAUUCGAUAUUUCUGGGAAGCAUCAAAGCGUUCGUCGGUGUUUGGAACCAUCUUCCGGGACUCUCGCGCGGCUAUUGAACUUCUUAAGCCGAAGUCGACAGCUAACGGCAGCACUACCGAACGCCCAGGCACUUCAGGGCUGACACAACAUGGCUUCUGGCAACCGGCACAGCAGGAGCUCAACCGUGACGCUACGAUAGCAGAUGAGUGGAGAGUCAUUCUGGUCUUCUUGGAGCUCUACACAUUCGUUCUGAAAGUGACGGACGAUGAGGAGUUCUUUUCCUCAGGAAAGCAAGACAUCUACUCCAACCAGGUUCGCGACAACGGUCUGCCUUUGACUGAGGUGAAGGACUUGACAACCUUUCUCAAAAAUCUGGGCUUCACAUUGUAUUUUAACGCAGUCGAUAUCACCAUGGCUGAAGAGCGUGCCACUAAUACUACGGGUAUGAGCUUCUUCAACUCCGCCGCGCUUGACAGUCAAAUUCAGAAAGAGUCAGCUGAACCCUCAAUUGGAGGUGUCGCUGGCCUGAAGAUGGACUACGUUAAAGGACUGGUCACCGGACUUCUUCGUAUGGUGUACGAGCGGGAUUCGCGACGCAAGUUCUUGCCUGCAGAUCAUUGGCUAAUGACCUCGCGAUUCGACAUGAAGGGGUUCAUCCCAGCUGUGGUGGAAGAGGAAGAGUCACGCCACAAGAUCCAAGAGGAAGAUGCAGAUGAUCUCGACGAGGAAGAGGAAGAGUUCGAUGAUACUCCACAGCUCAUAGGCACAGGUCGCACCCAACAACAGCGACGGCUGGAAAGGUUACAGCGGCAGCAACGCAAGGCAUCGAGGAGAAGGUAUUUGCAAGCUGUUGCGCCGCGCUUGGAGAUUCUCCAAAACAUGCCAUUCUUCAUACCCUUCACGACUCGAGUGCAAAUAUUCCGCGAAUUUGUACUCUUGGAUAUGACCAAACGAAGGGGCAGCGCAGAUCCUGAGGCCUGGCGAUGGAGGAUUAUGACACAACCUAACGCUCCUCAUCAUUUUGAAAAGCACGCAGCCAAGAUCCGACGUGAGCACGAGUUUGACGAUGCAUACGAGCAAUUCUAUCCUCUUGGACAGGGGCUGAAAGAGCCAAUUCAGAUUACGUUCAUGGACCAGUUCGACGCACCAGAAGCUGGUAUCGAUGGCGGCGGUGUGACGAAAGAGUUUCUUACCAGCGUGACCAAUCGAGCGUUCAUGCCAUCAGACGAUAUCGACAUGUUUGUGGAGAACGACCAACAUCUUCUCUAUCCAAAUCCUGCGGCAGUCGAAGAGCUCAAGGAGGAAUUAAGACAGGAGGGUUUUCCUGAGAACUCUGCAGACUUUCGAAGUCAAGUCAGCAUACAACUCCAGCGUUAUGAGUUUCUUGGCCGUAUCAUCGGCAAGUGCUUGUAUGAAGGUAUCUUGGUCGAUGUCAGUUUCGCUCCUUUCUUCCUUCGCAAGUGGGCUCUGACAGGCGGCGCUGGAUCCGCUCCCAAUGAGUCCGGGUACCGUCCCACACUGAACGAUCUCCGCGACUUGGACGAGGGAUUGUACCAGGGGCUCCACAAGCUCAAGACCUACUCCGGAGAUGUUGAAGACUUUUCACUCAACUUCACCGUCACAGACAACGUCGUCGUAGAUCGUAGCACAGACCCCCCAAAGACGAAAGCCAUAACUAAGGAGCUGAAGCCUGACGGCGCGAACACUCCCGUAACCAACCAAAACCGACUCGUCUACAUCAGCUACAUGGCGCGCCACCGCCUGCAAAACCAACCCUACCUCCAAACCACCGCCUUCCUCCGCGGCCUCAGCACAAUGAUCCAACCCUCCUGGCUCUCCAUGUUCAACCAGUCGGAGCUGCAAACCCUCAUCAGCGGGACCCGCACCUCAAUCGACGUGGAAGAUUUGCGCCGCAGCACCAUCUACGGCGGCACGUAUGUCAUUGGCGACGACGGCCUCGAGCACCCAACUAUCCAACUCUUCUGGAAGAUCAUGAAGGACAUAUCCGACGACGAGCGGCGUGCUGUCCUCAAGUUCGUGACGAGCACGCCUCGCGCGCCGCUGCUGGGCUUUGGCACCCUGAAUCCACGGUUCAGUAUCAGGGAUGCAGGGGGUGAUCAGGAGAGGCUGCCUAGCACGAGUACGUGCGUGAAUCUGCUCAAAUUGCCAAUGUAUCGCGAUGAGGCGUUGCUGAAGGAGAAGUUGCUGUAUAGUGUUUUCUCGGGGGCUGGGUUCGACCUGAGCUGAGCUGAGAGGAUGGAUGUAUGGUUUUUGAUGGGAAUGGUUGGUUAAAGGUAGACAUGCAGGCAGACAGACAGGCUGUGUGUAGUUUUCUGGUCAUGAACAGUAUGGAGUUGCAUAGCGUAUACACUUACGAAUUGAACUUGAUCAAACUCGCGCUCUGAACCAGCACAGCACUCACUCAUGUGAGACGAGUGCCCUCACUACAAGCCAGUCAAGUCUCAAAUCACCGUGCAACAUCACUCCACACAAACACCCAUAUAUUCACAUCCCUCACACCCGUACAAACCCGCAUCCCCAAGUCCCACAUAAGCAUACCCAACCCGGUACAUCCCAAGUAGGCAGUUCGCAGAACGAAACCAGCCCAGUCAUGCAUGCAUGCGUGAGCCAUUUCCGCCCUGCGCAAUAUUCGCGCGAACAAGUCUUUCGAUUUUUUUCCUCGCCCUCUCACUCGGUAGGUAAAUUGCGCAAGGUGCAAGAUAUGG